UCGAAAAGACUAAAAUACCCUCACCCUUGCCCCUCUCGGAAUAUAUAUAAACCUCUAUUGCAACCCUCACCUCAUUCAACCAAAAACCCAAAGGAGAAAAGCAAAAAAAAAAAAAAGAAAGCUGAGAGAUCAAAGCGAUGAUGAAAGCUUCAAGAAGAGCUUCAGACAUAAACGCAUGGGGCGGGUCCGUUCUGUUGUUGUCUUUGAUACUGCUGAGUUCGGUCCGAGAGAACGAUGCUUCUGGAUCAGUCAGAGGGUCUCUGUUCUCGGACCGUCCAUGCGAGGAGAUUUACAUCGUGGGAGAGGGAGAAACGCUUCACACCAUCGGCGAGAAAUGCGGCGACCCGUUUAUCGUGGAGCGAAACCCGCAUAUCCAUGACCCGGACGACGUCUUCCCGGGUCUUAUCCUCAAUAUCAUUCCUUUUUACCCCACUAGAAGAAGUUUGUAAGACAAAUUUUUCAUUUUCGGUCUUGUUUUCUUUUUUUAUUUCCAUUUAUGUAUAUAAUUUCACAAAGGAAAAUAGAUACAGAGAAAAUAAACGAGUUUGUGGUUUGA